AUGACGCAGAUUCACCAAGCGCCACCUUUUCUUGCUCAGACCCAGCCAAAGGGACCGUUCUAUACAAUGGCCCGACUUCCUGGGGCUGCAGGAACUGCUGCAGAUACACUGCCUCUUGGAACCAUCCGCACUUCCGACCUCAAGAAAACUACUGACCCGCUCGCCUUGGCUUCAACCCUUGUCGAUGCCUACAUCAACAAAGAUGCAAAGUAUCCAGAAAUUGGCCAGAUGUCGCUUCAAUCCACAUGGUCACAGUACCUUUACUUUGAAUCCGCACUUCUACUUGGACCCUUUUCCCCAUUCACACGUAUUGAAACGAUCAACAUCCCAGACUCGGUUUACGAGCGUUAUAACCAAACAAAAUGCAAAACCCAAAUGGGACUUUUUGCGGAAAUUGACCGUGUAUGGAUCACUGUCGAUAACCGCCUUUAUUUUUGGAACUACCGCACAGGAGGCGACCUCCACACAUUUGACGAAAUGGAUACCACCAUCAUUUCUGUCGCUCUCGUUCCUCCUAAAAAGGGUCUUUUUAUCGACUCCAUUUCCCAUCUUCUCGUUCUCGUCACUCUCUCCGACCUUUACAUUGUCGCUCUUUCUCACAAUAAAGAAUCAAACUCUAUCGAGCUUUACGAAACAGGCAUGUCUGUUUCCGUAAAGGGCCUCGACGUCUCCCAAAUCGUCGCAAGUCCUAAAACCGGCCGCAUCUUUUUCACUGGAGACUCGGACGGAACUAACCUCUGGGAAAUCAUCUAUAGCAAUGUCGAGACCUGGUUUAAAGGUAAGUGCUCCAAAGUCUGCCACAGCCGCCAAUACCUACUCUCUUCUUUGGCCCCAUCUCUGCCAAACUCGGAAAUCAUCAAGUUAGAAAAACUCCCCGUCAUUGGCAACUUUGUCAAGAACCACGAGCCUGAGCGCAUUGUGUCCGUCGUCAUUGAUGAUUCUAGAAACCUCAUCUACACGCUCUCAACUCAGUCCUCAAUCCGCAUGUAUUACAUGGACCCUAAAAGCUCCACUGUUUCGCUUCUUUACACCUAUACUAGCAAGCAAAUUUCUUUCCACCUUAAAAUGAUCACCACCCAAGAUCAAACCUCUCCAGCUGGUUCCGCAUCCACAGCAAACCAUAGCAACCAGAAACUUUCUAUUGUCUCCAUAAAUGUCAUUUCCUCCACUGAAAGCUCUUCUCUUAACCUCGUAGCCAUCACUGCAACUGGCUCCCGCAUCUUUAUAAAAACAGACAACACAUCGGGAACUCGGCCACCAACAACAAUGCAGGCCAUCCAGCUGCGCUUCCCCCCAGUAUCAAACAAUGGUGCUCCAGCAAUUUCCGGACCAGCAACAACUCUCUCGCGAACUUUCCCCCCCGGAUACUUUUUUGCUGUGGUUCCAGCCGAAGAUAGCAAUAAGCUUUUUGUUGCAGCCCCAGAUUCAGGGAAAAUCAUCCACCAAAUGACUCCAGGCUCAAACACUCAAUACUUUGAAAACGCUUGCUACUUGGAAACAGAAGGCUUCAUCCAGGAUAUUGCUCUCGUCACCCCAUAUGCCCCCCUUGGCAAGCCCGGCUUUGGCAACGAGUCCCGCGCCCAGUACACAGUUGCAAACCCGCGAAUUGUCGUGCUCACAAAUACUGGUGUUCAUAUCUUUAGUCGCCGUUACCCAUACCAAAUCUUUGAAGAGCUGGGUCAAGACAUUCGCCCAUUCUUUGAGUUUUACGGCCGUGCUGAAACAUGUACUAGCGCUCUCAGCAUUGCCAGCCAGCCUGCGCUUUUUAGUCACACAGAGGCCGAGUUUGCUAGCAAGGUUUACAUUGAGCUUGGCGGGAAACCCCACGUUAAGGUUGACGACGAAAACACUUACUCGCUUUCAUCAACAACUUCAACUACAACCUCGACAUUGGCGAAUGCCCCCUCGUUUGCGCCGUUUUCCAGUCAGGUCGUCCCCGCAAGCAACAAUACCGAUCUCAUUAGACUUUCUGGCCGAUUCGACGGCCUUGCCACCUAUAUCUCGCGUAUCAUUUACACCAUUUGGAACCAAAACCUUUUCCAAACAAAGAAACAGACUCAAGCAGGAGCAAAACAUCCUAAAGCGUUUGCAAUUAAUUUUAGCAAAAAGUCGAUUGAAAAAACCCAAUUAACUCUCGUGCAGAUUGCAGAGUAUUUGGACAAAAAUAGAGCCUUUAUUGAUGGGCUUGGUGGGGAACCUACAAAUAACCUGACAGGAGGCCGUGCAGAGGAAAUUUCCCUACAGGCAGAACACCGCGGGCUCCAUGCUCUUGUCAAACUCAUUACGUCUAUGCGUGAAGGCCUUUCGUUUUUAUUGCUCCUUCUGGACGAGUCAGCUAAAGCCUCCGAUGGCUUGGAAUCUAUCACCACAUAUCUCCCACAACCAGUUCGAGACAAGCUGGAAACAGUCACCUUCAAGUCUUUCUUCACUACUUCUCAAGGUGUAGAGCUUGCACAUGAGCUCAUCACGUGCCUUGUAAACAGAAACGUUUCCGAAGGAGGGUCUGUGGACUCUAUCUCGGCGAUUUUGAAGGACCGUUGUGUGAGCUACUGCUCUGCAGACGACGUCAUUAUCUACAAGGCCCUGGAGUGUCUACAUAAGGCUGAGUCGCUUGACAUUGACUCGCGCAUGCAAAAGCUUAACGAAAGCUUGCGGUUGUUUCAAAAGGCGGCCGCCAGCAUCAACUUUGACGUCCUCAAGGACGCAGUCGACAUGUUUGUCAAGCUUAGAUUUUAUCCUGGCGCUGUCGAGCUAGCCCUUACAGCUGCACAACAUGAGGACCGAGGGAACGUGGCUGUUGGGUACUUGCACGACGACAAGCCCGAGCGCGACCCGCGCAAGGAGUACUAUGAGAAGCGGUUGCGUACUUAUGAGCUUAUUUUCAAGGUUCUUGAUGUGGCUGACGAGCGUGCCAAUCAGGAAAUUGCAAGCAAACCUGUUUUAGAGACCGAGCCUCAGCUGGCGGUUUACCCUGGAGGAAAUGACUGGUCUUCAGAAGUGUACUUGCGUAAUGAGGCCUAUGCAGUAUGCUAUGGCGCUCAGGAUGAAGUGUUUCAUUAUUGUUUUUACGACUGGUUUAUUUCUAAAGGUGUUAACGAGCGUCUGCUGGAAGUGGAUACACCUUAUAUUCAAUCAUACUUGGAAAUCAAGGCCAAGUCGGAUAUAAACAUUGCCAACCUGUUAUGGGUUUAUUACCAACGUCACCAAAACUAUUAUGCGGCUGCACAAGUGCUCUUUGUAUUGGCCAAGAGUAAUAAUUUUGAUUUGGAUCUGAACCAGCGAGUAGAGUACUUGUCGCGGGCACGCAGCUACUGUGGGUGCCCUUCGUUCCCCGAGGUGCGCCAAGAGGCGAUGCAGCUUGGAGUACAGAUCCAAGAGUACCUGGAUGUGGCGAUUAUCCAAGACGAGAUUUUAAAGCGAGUUAUUGAUGACCCCAAGUUUACGGAUGAAAACAAGCGGCUGGCAAUGGUAGAGUCACUAAGCAAGCAACUAUUAGAUGUCAGCACUCUGUUUAACAUGCACGCCUGGCCGCUGGAAUACUACGACAUUUGCAUUCAGAUCUUUAGUUCUGCGGACUUCCGGUCGACUGAGGAAAUCAAUAAUGCCUGGACAAAGCUCAUUGAAAGUGAGCACCGCAAAGCUAUUGAGGAAGACAAAACACAGCCCUAUGAGGUUAUUUCACAGGUGAUUCAACGCCUUGGCCAGCAGCUGAUGUUGUCAGAACUUGUAUUCCCAUCCGAAUUUCUUGUACAAAAACUAGAAGCGUAUGCUGUGGAACAUGGCCAAAGUGAUGGACCCUUGGGCUGGAUUGUUGAGACAUUUUUGAAUGCUGGACUAUCGUAUGAAAGCCUUUUUGUAAUUUUCCGUGACUUUGUUGAGCGUCGUGAGUAUCCCUUUGACGAGGCUCAAGGGUACCAGCAACUUGUACAAGAUGUGGUAUACUUACUUAACAAAUGGAUCAAGGAGACUCGUGCAUCUGAUAUGGCUGAAUACGUGGACGCUGGGUUCCUUAAACGGCUGGAAGAUACAGUGGGCAAAAAAGAUUUGGUCCGCGUGAGAUCAUAUGUGGAGAACCGGUUACGAAAGUAG